UCUUCUCUUCUCGCUUUCAACGAUUUUGCGGGAAAUCGGGUCUAGUAUGGGACAUGAAAGUUGUUUACAAAUGCACGUAUCUUUCUUUUUCAGGUUUCGCUGAAAUGGAAUAGAAACUGACCUCAAGUGUAUUUGGAUUGAUUUACAAAUACAUAUAAUGUAUAAGUAGUAUAUUUAGUUUAGUAUGUAGUAUAUAUCUACAUGCAUUAUAAUUACACUGUUAAAAUGCUUUUCUAGUUUGUAAAUUAUAUAUUUUGGGGUUGAUAAAAGAGCAGAAGUUAUCGCUUGUUCGUACUGUAUUUCUGUAUUUGUUUCCCCUAUUCUGAUAAAUCGAGAGUACAAGGCGUUUCCAGUCGGAAUAAUGUAAGGGAGGGAACCGGAAGUGAAGUUGCCACAACUUCCACACGUGUAGAAAAUAGUGAAGAAUGGCGGAGAUUGUCCAGCACCGAAUCGAGAACAGAAUCCCUGAGUUGGAACAGUUAGAAAGAGUGGGAUUGUUCACCAAAAAAGAAGUCAAAUCCAUGCUCAAAAGAGCAACCGCUUUGGAAUACAAACUGCAUCGCCUGACACUCUGCAAAUUUGAUUUCAUAGCAUACAUUCAAUAUGAAAUCAACGCAUUGGAGCUGAUCAAAAAGAGAAGAUCGCGCAUUGGCUACCAUUUCAAGAGAGAAGAGAUUGAGUUUCCCAUCACCCACAGGAUAAAUUCAGUGUUCAGGAGGGCAACAAACAAAUGGAAGGAUGACGUUCAACUGUGGCUCUCUCAAAUUGCCUUCUGUAAGAAAUGGAACACAAAGGGUCAACUCAGCAAGGUUUUCUCCUCCAUGUUGGCCAUCCACCCUGAUAAGCCAGCUCUGUGGAUCAUGGCUGCCAAGAGUGAGAUGGAGGACAGGAACUCGUCAGAGAGUGCCAGGCACAUCUUUCUGCGGGCCCUGCGCUUCCAUCCAGAGAACAAGAAAGUCUACCAGGAAUACUUUCGUAUGGAGCUGUUGCAUGCUGAAAAAUUAAGGAAAGAGCAGAAGGAGCUGGAACUGGCUAAGAUGGACUUGGGCGAAUACGAGUUCCCCCCAGAGGUUAUGAGUGGCAAGCUGGCUGAGGUGGUGUACAGAAACGCUACAGCGAAAAUCCAGGGAGCCAAUCUCAUCCUCUCGCUUCUCAGCAUCGCCGCCAUCUUUGACUUCACCAAAGAGCUGCAGGACCUCAUCCUUCAAGACCUCCAGACGAACCACACGGACGACAGUGCCACGUGGGACUUCAUGGCCAAGCGGGAGCUGGAAGCCCCCGGGGCGGGGGAGGAGCUGCUGAGCGCUGCGGGGCGGGCUUCCGACAUCGCCCGCAGAGAGGAGCGCUGCAGCCAGGUGUACGAGGAGGGCGUCAAGAGCCUCAACACGGAGGCUAUGUGGACCUGCUAUGUGACCUUCUGCUUGGAGAGGUUCAAGAGGAAGACUAAUGUCCAGGAGCUGAAAGACAAGAGGCAGCAAAGGCUGUUGGCAGUACUUCAGCGUGCCGAUGACGCCUCGCUGUUAAAGAAGGAUUUUUUGAAGAGUUGGCUGAAGGCCCUGCUCUCCAUGGGAGACUCGGAGGGGGCGGCCCGAGUUGCCACGGCAGCCACCCAGCGCCACAGCCAAUCGGCGGACGUGUGGAGCCUGGCCCUGCAGACGCUGAUGCAGCUGGGGAGCGCUGACACGGGGAGGCUAUUCCAAGAAGCCCUCACGCAUGUGAAUCCCAAGGAGAGUCUGCCGGUGUGGCAGCUCCAGACGGAGUGGAGCGUGACAUCCCAGAGUUCUGAAGAGACGGAAGCUCUGUUUCAGAAAGGUCUACUGUCGCCAGUGGCUGCUGUUGCCAUGGAGAUGAAGGAGAAAUACCUCGAGUGGUCUUACAAGGCUGGAGGCUACAAAAAAGCCAGAAAGGCCUUCACUAGUUUACAUGAGAACCGGCCGUUCUCUAAGGCGUUCUUCACCACAAUGAUCCAGAUUGAGAAGGAACAAGAGUCGCCCAAGAUGAGCAACCUGAGGGAUUUGUUUGAGAGGGCCCUGAGGGAGUUUGGCUCCACAGACGACGGUCUGUGGCUGGACUACAUUAGGGAGGAACUUGGACCCCUGGGCCAACCUGGGAACUGCGGAACGAUCCACUGGAGGGCCAUGAAGAUGCUUGAGGGGGAGAAUGUGGAGAGAUUCACAACACAGUACACUUUACUGCAGACGGGACACAUCUAGAUCACAGAUCUUGACCUCUGUCAAGUUUCAGAUAUGGACCGUUCCAACAGUGUCUUCAUUGACAGCUGAUAAUGUCAUGACUUAUACUGUAGACAUGUCUUAUUAGUUAAAAACUGUAUUUAACAUUCAAUUUUACAACAUUUCUUAUUCACUUAUCACAAUUCUACAUUUGUUAUACAUUCAAAACAAACUUAGAUGCUGUUAACAUUAAACAACCCUGAUGUAAGUUUCUCUCUGAAGCCUCUCAUACAGUACAUUUACAGUCGACAGUAAGGUAAAAGACAAAUGGGAUCCAAAACAUAUCCAA